AUGGCCGAGGAGCUAUAUGGUGCUCUGACGAGCCGCCUCGGCUUAGAUAAGUUGGCUCCAGAACAGCGAAUCAAGGGUUUAUUAACUGUAGCAGCGGAGGACCUGAUACAGUUUAGUCCAGAGCUGGUCGCCCUAGGACCCGUAAUUGACAAUGACUCGAUUCCAUCAAUGGCCAGCUUUUCCAACAUCGGCCACGAUGGGGGGCUGCACCUGCCAGGAAAGACAUGGUGCAAGGAACUCUUUCUUAUCGAAAGUCAAUUUGACUUUGCUACAAAGAUGCCGUGUUCAAGAAGUGCUAAUGCCCUACGGAAGGGUUCGAUCUUCGCUCUGGUCAACUUGAAUAAUAGACAAGACGGCAUUAAUGCAGCAUUUACAAAGUCUAUUAGAGAGAGCCUAGGCGAUGCUGCAGCUUCCAAACUGCUCGACGCCUACCGGAUCUCCCCUGAAACCUCCGACAUAGACACGCUUGAGAAAAUAAUCAGUUUCGUUACUGAUGCGAGUUUCUAUGCCCCAGCGGUCAAACUGGGGCAGGCCUGGCCCGGACUAAGCUAUCUUUGUCACUUCAACGAGCGGAACCCGUGGGACGGAAUCUACAAGGGCCGUGCAAACCACCUGCUGGAUGUCGCUUAUAUGUGGGGGAACUACAAUCAGAAGUACACCAAUCAAAACUGGACGGUUGCGAGAGCCUUGGCUGAGGACAUGGUCAGGUUUACGGCCGGAAAAGGUAGCUUGCCAUCAUUCAACAAGGAGGGGAACGUGGUUACCAUUUAUGGCCCCAGUGAUGAUAAUAUCAGUAGUAAACACUCCACUCUUGGCGCGGAGGAUACGGGAAGAAAUCAUGCCUUUUUCAGGCUCGCAGACGAGGUUGGCGGUUUAGAUGCGUGCUUAGAUGCAAUGGUGAGGUUUCUUCAGGGCUAG